AUGUCGGCCUCGCUAGCAUCAGAAUGCAAUGAAGUUAAAGAGCGAUACGACUCGUGCUUCCUGAAAUGGUACUCCGAGAAAUACGUGCGAGGUGUAGCGACAACAGAUGAAUGCGAGCCUCUGUUCAAGCAAUAUCAAGUCUGUCUGAAGGCAACCUUGAAGGAUCGAGGUAUCGAUACGAUGCUGGAGGAGGCCAGAGAAGACAAUAAAGACAACGACACUGAGUACAUGAAACCGAGUCCGAAGAGUGGCUAG